CUUCCGCUGCGACCUGUGCCCGUACCGCACCACGCACGCCGUCCUCCUGCGCCGGCACCGCGCAGCCAAGCACCCCGUCCCCUAGGCGAGGUCGGCUCAGUGCUUCCCGCCGCCAGGAACCCGAGGCCAAUAUGGCAGAAGCGGGGUCGCUGAGGGGGCGGCCGCCUGCCUUGGGGUCGCGCCUCGGCCCGCCUCCGUCGCUCCCCCCGCCGGCGUCGGGAGCCUCGGCCGUCCUGGCGGGGGGGCGGCAGGGCGCGGGCGGCGUGGAGACGCUCAUGUGCCCCGUCUGCCGCUUCACCACCUCGUGCAACCUCGUCCUGGGCCAGCACAUGCGGCGCCACGCGGGCGGAUACCCGUUCCUGUGCCCGCACUGCGACUACCGCACCCACCGCAGCCACGACCUCAAGAAGCACCUGCGGACGCACACCGGCGAGAAGCCCUACCACUGCAGCUACUGCCCUUACCAGACCAGCGACCCCAGCAACCUGUCGGCGCACCUCAAGGCCAGGCACGCCAUGGUCAGGCUGGAGGACCACCUGCCGCUCUGAGUGGGCCACCUGCCGUUUGAGAGGGCCGUCUGCCACUCUGAGGAUCACCCUGCCUCUCUGCAAUGGCCACCCACCGCUCGAGAGGGCCGCCUGCCCCUUGAGAGAGCCAUCUGCCGCUCUGAACCUUGCCGCUUGCAGACGGAGAGCAGACCCUGUGUGAUUCAUUAUUAUGCAUGUCAUGCACAGAGAGACACAGAAACCGAAGACAAAUGAACACUCCACUCAGAAACACACACACGCAAACAGACACAUUCUCACACUCAUCCUCCCACAGCGGCCCACGUGGCAACCUCCAGUACCAGUAUACUGAUAUGCAAUACACUUACCUGUGCAGUUCUGCUUUGUCGCAUCCCCCCUCCAGUGUAUAUAUCAUUCAUUGUGUGACAAUACAUUGUUUGGAACAUUUUGAGCAGAGUUUAUUGAAUACUCAUAUAUAGUCAGUGAUUUUGAACGGACCGAGAAAGUAAGCAGUAUUGACAGAUAUUUUUCUCGGAAUUGGCAUCAAUGUUAGAUUACGGAUAUCUGGCAACACUGGAAGACUUGUUGAAUGCAUUUGUAGCAAAGAGAGAAAUCGAGAAAAAGGGUUUGUUUAAUAAAGGAUAGACGAAAGAAAAUAGUUCUUCAUUUGUUCUUCAAGUGAUGAUGGAAAUUCAAUUAUUUAUAAAUAUAUAAAAUCAUUUUUAUAUAUCUUCAUUUUCUUGAGGAAGGAUGCCAAAGGCCAUAUCCUGUGAUUAUUCUUGGAUGCCAUAUUAUUUUUGUAAAAUAAAACUUGUGUUUGGAAUGUUCAUCGUGAAUUAGGAAUAAAAAGAGCACUAUUU